AUGAAGAAAUCUACGAUAGUAUUUACUAUACAAACUGUGUCAAGAUUUCAGCAUCCCGAUUGCGAGUCAUCUCUGGCUUACCUUCAACUUCGUAUACAUGUUGCACCGCGACUAGAGGAAGUCAGCUGGCACGCUGCACGGGUCGUUGCACCGGUUAACGAUAUUGAAAGCGAGAGUCAUCAUUCCGCCAAGAUAGCGUACACGGAUAGUGCUCUGGAAGACAAACUAGCUCGUACUGUUCGUUGUUCCUGGGUUGUGAUAGUGUCUCUGGGCCUUUCCCUGGCGGUACUGGCAGUGUACACCACGGUCGUGGUGGUGGUAGAACUGAGAACACCCAAACCCUGCCUCAGUGAAGUCUGCGUGAAUACAGCGUCUCGAGUGCUAGCAGCUUUAAACAAGAGCGUUGAUCCCUGCGAUGAUUUUUACGAGUUCGCUUGCGGUGGCUGGAUUGAGAAGAACCCAGUCCCGGAGUGGGCGACCUCCUGGGACCAGCUCGCCAUCCUGAGGGAGAAGCUGGUCAUUGACCUCAGGGAAUUACUGGAAGACAAAGAUGAUGACGGCCUGCCAAAGAGCGUGCUCAAAGCUAAAGCACUUUACCGCACUUGUAUGGAUAUUGACAAGCUAGAGGAAUACGGCACUAAGCCCAUCACGGACCUGCUGGUACAACUUGGUCUCCCUCCAACGCCCCCUGCAGUGUCUAGUGGUAACUUCUCCUGGGAGCAGGUCUCUGGUCGGGCCCGAAGAAGUCUCGGCCUCAGUGUUCUACUGAGCAUUCAAGUUGCUGAGGAUGUUAGGAACACUAGCAGGAACAGGGUCGUGUUUGAGCAGGUGUCUCCCGGGUUCAGCGAUCGUUACCUGCGUCAGGCGGACAAGUUCUCGUUCGAGUUGGAUCAGUACCGGGUCUACAUCACCUCCAUGAUCAAGGCCUUCCAUCCUGACACGGAUGCCGAAAAAUUCGCUCACGACAUUAUAGAGUUCAGCAAGACUCUGGCUGGAAUAAUGACGCCAAUAGAAGUUCGUCGCAGCGGCACCCACCUGUUCCACGAGCUCAGUGUGACUCAACUGUUGGGAGGGAACGGAGCUCCUCCUGAGUGGCACCAGCACGACUGGCAGCAGUACAUACAGCUGGUGUUCUCCAACACGAGCGUGUCUCUGGCAGACAGUGAGCGAGUGAUCGUCAUGGACCUGCCUUACUUACACCGCCUGGCAACUACUCUUGUUCACACAGACAAACUGAUUAUAGAGCGUUUCCUAUGGUGGAGCGUGUUCUCUACCGUGGCCCCUAUGACCCGUUCCGUGUUCCGCACCCUCGGGUUCGAGUUCAGCCGCGCGGCCUGGGGCCUGCGGGCCCGCGUCGACAGACACAAGGCCUGCGCGGCCAACGUGAACGCGAACUACGGCCUCGCGCUCAGCUACCUCUACGUCAACAAACACUUUGAUGAACAUGAGCGGGAAAAGGCCAUAGAAAUGAUCGAGGACGUCCGCGAGUCGUUCGCGGAGGCGGCCCGCUCCCUGCCCUGGAUGGACGAGGGCACGCGCGACACCGCGCUACACAAGCUACGGGCCAUACGGACCUUCGUCGGCUUCCCCGCCUGGCUCAUGGACACGCACAAGCUGGACAAACAUUACGAACAUGUUGAGGUGGUGGAGGGCAAGUUGUUCGAGUCAUACUUGAAGCUGACCUGGGCCACCGUCAAGAAGUCGCUGGAGUCACUGAGAGAGACGCCCGACAGGAACAGAUGGGUCGCCACCGCCACUACAGUAAAUGCUUUCUAUUCAGCAACACUUAAUUCAGUCACAUUCCCGGCUGGUAUAUUACAACCACCUUUCUACGGAAAUGGAAUUGAAGCAAUUAACUAUGGAUCUAUAGGAGCCAUCAUGGGACAUGAAGUGACUCACGGCUUCGACGAUCAAGGUCGUAGGUAUGAUUCAGACGGCAACCUAGCAUCAUGGUGGUCACGUGAGACUCUGGAGCAGUACCAGGCGCGCGUGAGGUGUAUCGUAGAACAAUACAACCAGUACGGCCUACCACAGCUGGCUGGGUACAACGUGCACGGGUUCAAUACUCAGGGAGAAAAUAUCGCUGACAACGGAGGCCUGCGGGCCGCGCUCCGGGCCUAUCGCAGGCAUGAGGCCCGGGCCGGGCGGGCCUCACUACUGCCGGGCCUACCGUCACACACUCCCACACAACUCUUCUUCCUUGGAUUCGCUCAGAUAUGGUGCGGCAACUCAACGACUGGAGCGUUGAAAUCCAAAAUGGUGGAAGGUGUCCACAGUCCUAACAAAAUAAGAGUCAUAGGGACUUUGAGCAAUUCCAAGGAGUUCUCAGAAGCUUGGAAAUGUCCCGUUGGUUCUCCAAUGAACCCGGAACACAAGUGCGUUUUGUGGUAA